AUGUCGACUCCUAGAGCAAAGCCGCUUGAAAAGUUCAUCACUGCCACCUCGAAGUGUACAGUCGAGGGCGCUGCCUAUGGCAAAUGCAUUGUCGCCGAAUACCAGAAUGUUAACAAGGACAUGUGCGCACAAGAGUUUAUGAAGCUAAAGAACUGUUAUUUGGCAGCUGCAGGCAGGAAACGAUGA